AUGGUCGGCGUUCCUCGCAGUAAGGCGUGUCUUCUGUGCAGAGAGCGACGGAUCGGAUGCGACCAGACCCGUCCACAAUGCAUGCAGUGUAGCAAAUACGGCGUUUCCUGCCCUGGAUACAAGCGUCCCCUGCAAUUCCAUGACGAGGGUCCACGGCUCCAGAAAUGCUAUCAAACGCAGGGUUCGGCGCCCAGUGGUGGUCGGAUCCAGGGCAAGACCAGAGCUGCCGAUGCCAACAAGAGUGACCCCCAGCAGCAGCGUCGUUUGGCCAAACUCUUCAAAGUCGCCAAAGCCUCGAUAGAUGAGCGUGUUCAUCCAGCUCUGAUCCACCAGUCUUUCAUUAACCAGCAGCCGCAGGUGUUCAAGGACUUCAUCUGCGCUGCCUUCCCCACGAUGUUCUUCCACAACAAAUUCCGCUUUGGGAACGGCUUCACGUUCCCAGACUGGGUGGUGAGGCAUUUUGGUUCGAAGCAGUAUUAUGAUGCGUGUGUCUCAUCCAUUUCAUGUGAAUAUCUGGCCCAUCUUACUGGAGACGCCAGGCUUCGUCAAGUCAGCCGGCAGAAGUACUCACGGGCCUUGGGCGCGGUCAGACAAGCCCUGGACUCGGACGAGGCGGCGUCUGAUAGUCUGCUGCUCGCAGUAAUUCUCCUUGCUUUCUAUGAAAUGAACACACAGACUACUCGAGAGGCUUGGAUCUACCACUCGCGGGCGAUAAAGCGGCUGAUGAUGAACCGUCCGAUGCACUUCUAUCUGUCGGGAGUUGGGCGCAUCUGCCACUUUGCAUACAGACCAUUUCUCAUCGCCAUGGCACUCUACGAGGGUGAGGAAUGCUUUUUGAGUGAAGACCAUUGGCAGACGCUUGCAAGCAUGCUCCGGUCACAAGAUUCCCAGAAAAAAAGCGAAUGGGCGAUAUAUAUCACUGUCUACGAGACGAUCUUCAUGGAACUUGUCAAAUGUCCAGGCUAUAUAAAAGAGGCCCGCAAUAUCACUUCUCUGGCACUUCCAGAGGCGGAAAUCCUGGCACAGCGAGUUGGGACAAGCUGCGAGCAGCUCCGAAUAUUGAGCAACUAUUUACGAUCUCUUCUCGCGUCCUACAACCAACGAAAGGACGGAAUUAUAUUCCACUGCUUUGUCGGGCCAGAGCCAAGUGCUUUCCCAGAAACCAGUCCGUCACUUCUGCUCAAGGCUGCCGAUGAUGCGACUGAUAUACUGCAACAACUGUUUACUUGGCUAACUGCAAACACCAAAGAAGAAACCCCAUCCUCUAGCCCUGGAUCCCCACCAUACCUAUCAACUCCAGAAAGUGCCAGCACUCCGGAUUCUGGCUGCACGGUAUUGAAAUUUCCGUUCAGCUAUGAGCUCGGCGGGCGUGCAGCGAACGAUGGCCCGCCCCCGUUUACAUGGCUGGACCGAAUCGCAGGCUCAAUGGGGCUCCUAGGGGCUGAUACUACCCAUGAUCGGCGAGUAGCCUUGAUGUGA